UUUUUUUAAAAAAAAAUCAUUUCGUCUCAAAAUUAUAUAUUGAAUUCCUGUCGUAUGCGAUGUAUUGCUUUAGGUUUUUGGGAAACAACCGAGAACACAACAGAAAACCCCGUUUCUUUUGGAGCGUAUAUUCUAGUAGGGCUGGGGAGGGAAAUUGAAAUAAAGAACAAAUGAACUUGACAGUUAAUAUUGGAAGGUGGUGAAUGCCUUGAGGAAAAAGUAGAGCAGGGGCACGGGGCAGUGACAUAAGAGAAAAAUGCCACUGGAACAGAUCGGGGGCUGAAAUUGAACAAAGUCAUGAAAGAGGCGAGGGAGUGAGCCACGUGGCUAUCUGGAGGAAGAUUAUUUCUAGCAUGUGGAAAAGCUAGGAGAGACGUCCAGAGACCGGAGGGGAAAAGCUGGAGCUGGGGAGGCCGGCGUGGUGGAAGGAGCUGAGCAGGGGAGAGUGCCUUCUUGACUCAAGGUAGAUGUGAUCAGCACUGGAAAAAGAUGCCAGCCCCAGCUACCACAUAUGAAAGAAUUGUUUACAAAAAUCCCUCUGAGUACCACUACAUGAAAGUCCGCCUAGAAUUUCAAGAUGGUGGUGUUGGACUGAAUGCUGCGCAGUUCAAACAGCUGCUUAUUUCAGCCCUGAAGGACCUGUUUGGUGAGGUCGAUGCUGCCUUACCUCUGGACGUUCUGACCUAUGAAGAGAAGACCCUGUCAGCUAUCCUGAGGAUAUGCAGCAGUGGUCUUGUCAAAUUGUGGAGCUCUCUGACCCUGUUAGGAUCCUAUAAAGGCAAGAACUGUGCUUUCAGAGUGAUUCAGGUUUCUCCAUUUCUCCUUGCAUUAUCUGGCAAUAGUAGGGAACUAGUAUUGAAUUGAGUAGUCUUCAAUUUGAGAAAAUAUUCCUCACUCUCAAAAGUACUUUUUGGUGCCAGCAUAAUGUUUGGAGACCAA